AAUUAUUUAUAAAUGUUUAAAAUACAAAAAAGUACAAUCUUCUAAAGUAAACCAUAGUAAUGCAGCUGUAAUAACUGCGCUGCUGGUGUAGUGGAGAGUAGUUAACUCUCGCUAGCAACGUUAGUUUUGCUGCUGGUCCAGAACAGCGCGCGUGUCCGUGUUUGGCUGUCGCGAUCACAACAAUCUGCAGAGAGACACGCGUAGAAUUUAGUGCUACAAGUUGGCAUCAAAAUGGCCUCUAUAGCAGCGCCGCGGGAGCCGAGCAUAACCCCAGGUUCUGUGCCGCUUUCGGAUGCUUUAAUACCGGCCAGUAUAUUUGCACCAGACCGGGCGGGAAGCGGUGACGACGCCGGGGACGAGUUGUUCGACGACGGCUGUAUGGUUAACGGCGAGCCCGAGGAUCGGAGGAUCGACUUUAGCAGCAAGCUCGCACUUGUUAGUCCAAACGGAGAACAGUAUGACUUGUUACUCCGGCAGCUUCGGGACAGGAUGGAUGAGGGAAGUGGAGAGACCAUCUAUGUGGUUGGGAUGGGUUCUGAUGGUGGUGACUGGGGACUGAAUGAGAGCGAUAUGGAGGCCUCUGUGGCGACGGUGAGGUCUCUUUGCGAGCAGCUGGAUGCCGACCUUAUCCCUCUGAGAGAUCGCAGCGAGGCUGCCGGCUUGGUGCGGGACUAUCUGAUACGACGGCGGGUGGGUGAGCUGGACUUCUUGGAGGUCAGGGUUGCAGUAGUGGGUAACGUAGAUGCUGGGAAGAGCACUCUGCUAGGAGUGUUGACACACGGUGAGCUGGACAACGGCAGAGGCUUCGCCCGGCAGAAACUCUUCAGGCACAAGCAUGAGAUGGAGAGUGGAAGGACCAGCAGUGUGGGCAACGACAUUCUGGGCUUUGACCAAGAAGGCCAGGUGGUGAACAAACCUGACAGUCAUGGAGGAAGUCUGGACUGGACCAAAAUCUGUGAGAAAUCAUCUAAAGUCAUUACAUUUAUAGACUUGGCCGGCCACGAGAAGUACCUGAAGACCACCGUGUUCGGGAUGACGGGACACCUCCCCGACUUCUGCAUGCUCAUGGUUGGCAGUAAUGCAGGCAUCGUUGGCAUGACCAAAGAACACCUUGGCCUGGCUUUAGCUCUGAAUGUGCCUGUUUUUGUAGUGGUAACCAAGAUAGACAUGUGUCCAGCUAACAUCCUACAAGAGACCCUAAAGCUGCUCCAGAGGUUACUGAAGUCCCCAGGCUGCAGGAAGAUUCCCGUCCUGGUCCAAAACAAGGACGACGUCAUCGUUGCCGCUUCAAAUUUUAGCUCUGAAAGGAUGUGUCCAAUAUUUCAAAUCUCCAACGUAACUGGAGAAAACAUGGACCUGCUCAAGAUGUUCCUCAACCUGCUCUCCUCCAGGACGUCCUACAGGGACGAUCAGCCUGCCGAGUUUCAGAUAGACGAUACCUACUCUGUUCCAGGAGUGGGAACCGUGGUAUCAGGAACUACUUUACGCGGACUCAUACGUCUGAAUGAUACCAUGUUAUUGGGACCAGACCCUCUUGGGAGCUUCAUCCCGAUUGCUGUUAAAUCGAUCCAUCGCAAGAGAAUGCCUGUGAAGGAGGUCCGAGGAGGGCAGACCGCCUCAUUCGCCCUCAAAAAGAUCAAGCGCUCAUCCAUACGGAAAGGAAUGGUGAUGGUCUCACCAAAGCUCAACCCUCAGGCAACUUGGGAGUUUGAAGCAGAGAUCCUUGUACUUCAUCAUCCCACUACGAUAUCCCCCAGAUACCAGGCUAUGGUCCACUGCGGCAGCAUCAGGCAGACGGCCACCAUCUUAUCCAUGAACAGGGACUGCUUACGGACGGGGGACAAGGCGUCGGUCCACUUCCGCUUCAUCAAAACCCCCGAGUACCUGCACUGCGACCAGAGGCUGGUGUUCAGGGAGGGGCGCACCAAGGCUGUGGGGACCAUCACAAAGCUCUUGCAGUCCACCAACAACAUGCCAUCAAACUCCAAACCCCCCCAGAUCAAAAUGCAGUCUACAAAAAAGACAGCAGCCCGAAAGGAGGACGGCGCCGCGGCUACUGGCGACGAAGCGCCGACGAUAGCACAGCCGUCAGGCCCCAGCACGUCACAGGGGGGAGAGGGGGAUGAUGACCCUCUGGUAAAAGAGGGCAACAAAGAGAACAAGCCAAAGUCCGGAGGCGGCGGGAGGAGAAGAGGCGGCCAAAGGCACAAGGGCAAAGAAAGAGUCAUUUCACAAACCGUAAAUGAUUGAGACGUUCGGAGCAAGACGGUCCGACUCCCUGCCUUUAUCGCCACAUUUUCGUAGCUGUCAUUUCCUCUCCAAAGGGGGAACUCCUCGCACCCAAACCUUACAUUUUUGUGGAUUUUCAUUUCAGCUGCCUUUGGUUUUGGUGAUCAGUUUGGUGGGCCUCCCCUGAAAAUUGAGCAUUAAUUUAUUUUAGAAGUGAAAGCAGAGUUGUGAUUGAAAGAGUGAAAAGGAAUAAAAGGUCCUGGGACCUAAACGAGCAGCUAUAGGUGAACCUCCCUCAUGCAUUCCCCAGGAAACUGAGUGCAAAUCACAAGUUAUUGUAGCAAAAGGUGGACAAAGAGUUUAGAUACAUGGAAAAUCCAAGUACAGUUGUCUAUUUAUCUGGCAUUCAUGCAGAACACGUUCAAGUAUUUGGAAUUUACUUUCACCAUUUCAGUAGUCUGUGCAGCUUCAUGGAUGUUUAAAUGCAGCACACUCGUCAGUUUAGCAGUUGCUAAUGAUCAUAAUGCAGUGUGUUUCUCUAGUACUAAUGCGUUAGGGCCUGUUGCCGUUUACAUAUUGUGGCAUUUUGAAAAUACUUUGCUGAGGGAAAAAGAAUAAAGUCACUAAAACUUU